CAUUCCCUCCAGCCUCUCAUCAGCAGAGCUAGAAGAAGCGCAGCUCCGGCAGUAGCAAGAGCUAGCCCGCCAGGCCGCCAAGCUCACUCUGUGACCAACAGGGAGAGAGAGAGAGAGAGCAAUGGAGACGAUGGCAGCGGCCGCGCCGCCGCAGCAGAGGACGGGGGGCAUCACGCGGAGGCUGGCCAGGCUCCUACGCCGCAAGCGCACCCCGGCGGGGGCGGGGGUGGCGUACUCCGUCGCCGGGGACGAGUUCGACGACUCGCUCGACAGCUCCAUCAACUCGCUCAGCAAGCUCAAGCUCUCCGGCAACCUGGCCGCCGCGUACACGCUCGACGCCCUGUUCAAGAACGCCACGGAGAAGAAGGGGGCGCCGGCGGCGGCGCAGGUGCAAACGCAGGCGCACGCACAGCCGCAGCCGUCUCCGGCGCCGGGGCCGGAAGCCGCGGCGAAGCACGCGUUCGUGGCGAGCCUCUUCGCGGGGGCGUCCGCGGUGAAGGCGGCGUACGCGCAGCUGCAGCUGGCGCAGCACCCCUACGACGCCGAGGCGAUCCAGGCGGCGGACGCCGGCCUGGUGGCGGAGCUCACCAAACUGUCGGAUCUCAAGCGGCGCUACACCAAGGACCCGGCCGCCGCGGCCCGGAGCGCGGCCGCCCUCGCGGCGCACGCCGAGGAGCAGCGGCACCUGCUCCGGACCUACGAGAUCACGGCGCGGAAGCUGGAGGCCGAGCUCCGGGCGCGGGAAGCCGAGGCCGCCCGCGCCCGCGGCGCGCUGGCCGACGAGCUCCGCGCCGCGCGCGCCUUGGAGGAGCGCGCCCACCCGGGCCGCACCCUCGCCGCGCUCGACGACCUCCACCUGUCCGGCCUCAACGCCACCCACUUCCUCACCGCGCUGCGGCACGCCGUGAAGGCCGUCCGCGGCUUCGCCCGGGCGGUGCUCGACGGGAUGCGGGCGGCCGGGUGGGACCCCGCGGCGGCGGCCGCGGCCGUGCACCCGGGCGCCAGCCUGCGCGACCCGGCGGGGGACGCCCGGUUCGCGCUCGAGUCCUACGUCGCGCUGAAGAUGCUCGCCGGGUUCCACCGCAAGGACCUGGGGCUGAGCUCCCUGCGCGCGCGGGGCGCCCACGACCGGCGCCGCUUCUUCGACGAGUUCGCGGCGCUCAAGUCCGCGCCCGCGGCGGAGCUCCUGGACCACCCCGCGGGCGGCGCGCGGUGGGGCGCGCUCCGCGAGUUCCUGCGGGACCGGUACCGGUCGGUGGUGCACGAGCGGAUGGAGGCGGCGUUCUUCGGCGCCGGGCAGCAGCGCGCGGCGUGGUUGGCGGAGUUCGCGGAGAUGGCGCGGCGCGUGUGGCUGCUGCACUGCCUGUUCUGGGCGUUCGACGGCGGCGCGUCCGUGUUCCAGGCGUGCCCCGGGGAGCGGUUCUCGGAGGUGUUCAUGGAGAACGUGAGCGACGCGGACGGCGGCGGGAGCGGGAGCGGGGCGGCGCCGGGCGGGCAGGUCGCGGUCGGGUUCACCGUGGUGCCGGGGUUCAAAGUCGGGCGGACGGUGAUCCAGUGCCGGGUGUACCUUUCCCUCUCCGAGCGGCGGCCGUGACCUGACGACGACCCGCGGCGGCAGCGCGUUGCUCACGGGUGAGAAGCUCUCGUCGGACGGCGGCGAGAUCUGUCCCCGGGCGUCGGGCGGCGCGGCCGGGAAGUUUAAGGGUGGCGGGGUAGCAACGGCCUUGGCCCAGCCCGGCACGUAGGUGCCCACCCCGGGUGAUCUCGUAUGUACGUAUGGAUGGAAAUCGAAGCAUGUAUCUACCUACCGCUACGACUACGACCAAUGUAGUAAUAAUUAUACUACUACGGGCCCUCCAGUCCAUGCAUUGUCCCAAUA